AUGUAUUCCGUUUGUGUGUUCUACCAGGUCUACGCCUACCUCUCUAUUUUGCUGGCAAUUCCUUUGGGCCUAAUGCAGAUGCGGGCUCGAAACGUGCCUUGCAUAGCAUUGCUGUUUUGGCUGACAGUAGCAACAUUGAUUUACGGUGUCGACAACGCCAUCUGGUGGAGAGAAAUAAUCACGGCCGUUCAAUGGAAAGGAUUCGUUUGGUGUGAUGUUACUAGCCAGCUUCUCGUCGCAUCCGGUCUGGCCAUCCCACAGUCUGCAUUUUGCAUGGUUUUUUAUCUUGAUUCGGUCGUUCGCAGCAACAAACCGCUUCCCAUGUACAAGCAUUUGGGUUUCAACAUCUUUGUUUGCUUCAUUAGCCCGUUCAUUGGCAUGGGUCUGGCAAUUAUGACCGAAGGCGCCCGGUACUACAUUCUAGGAAUGAAUGGCUGUCGUGCAGCCAUUAUGAACACCUGGUUUGCCUUUGCCAUUCUCACUGUGCCGCCAUGUCUUGCAUGUCUGUUCGGAUUGUUCCACGUUUCACGUGUCAUUUGGGUGUACGUCAAAAAGCAGAAACAGCUUGAACAGUACUUCAAGCGCGAUUCAUACCUCACAUCUCGUCGGUUCGUGCGUUUGUUGUGUCUGGCACUCGUAUUCUUCCUGGGCUAUCUGCCUCUUACGAUGUAUUUGUUGAUCAGCAACUGUAUUGCAGAAGAGUGGAUCCCAUUCCGCAUUUCUGACUUCCAUCCAUGGAACAAAAAUGAUAUACUCGGCUUCGAAAUGGAUUCGAUUCAAAUGAACAGCUGGGUCCCACCCACAGUGCUGUAUGUGAUGGUAUUGUUUUUUGGCACCAGCAAAGAUUUUUCGAACGUUAUUGUUCGUUACUUCUGGGUGCUCGUGUACUGCAUACCAGGAAUUAAAAACACGCGUCUGGGUCGUCAUGCAAAUGCACAGAUCAGCAGACUGGAUACCUCCAAGUCAUCUUCACACACGUUGAUUGACAAUUCGGUUAUGAAUACGGACGGAAAGGCUUUAGUUCUCGAGCGCGUCUGGAGCAAAUUCUCUGUUCCAAGCGACGACACUUUCGAAACUAAGUGA